AUGGGCGAGGAGGAGGCGGCCGGCCGCUCGGCAAAGAACCUUGACGUUCCUCGAAAUAACAGACUGAAUAUGUCUAUGGCCUCUCGCCACUCUUUACUCGAGAUAGUGUCGGAGGAUUCUAGUGAAAGCGCAAAAGCAGUGCAGCAAACGGUCGUCGACGAUGGCUCUGUUGUCGUGGUGGAAGAUGUUGCGGAUGUUGAACGUGCCAACUCAAUUCAGAAUACGGCUUUUCUUGCUACGGCCCGUCUAAGUGUGGCUAUGCAAGAAAUGGGCUCGGUGGCAAAUGCCCCACCGGUGGGCGGCUACAGCACCGCCAGGCUUCUCCAGGAAGUUCUCCCGUGGGACGUGGACCACUAUUAUGAACCCGCUGGCGAUGAUUCGAAAAUAAUUUGGGCAAUAAUCUAA